AUGGAGGGUGCCGUGACGGAGAAUGCAGCGGUGCCCGUGGCAGCGGCAGCCCCGGAAGCCGCUGUCCACUCGGAUCAGCGCGUGGAGGGUGAUGCGGUGGUGGAGGACUCUGCGGCGUCCACGGUGGCUCCAGAGUCAACUUCUGACGCAGAUCAGGCUAUCGAGGAUGCAGCUCCGGAGGACGGGGUGGACGAGGAUACAGUGACAAAUGUUGAUGUCAGUCCUGAGGACAUGAGAAGCAUCAUUGAAGUUAUAGCUGACACCGGAAAGUUCUGGCAUGACUGGAGGUUCCUCAAGAGUGUACUGUCUCUUCAACUGAAGCAGGUCUUGGAUGAAUAUUUUGAGGUUGAAAUGGUGAGCCAAAAUGAUGGACAACAGAGGUAUUUCUCAGAGCUAUUUAGCCAGCUAAAUGGUGCCCUCGAGAGGUUUGAAGAGGGUCCUCCAUUCACACUGCAAAGGCUUUGUGAGAUUUUGUUGGAUCCAAAAGGAACAUAUACAAAAUUAUCAAAGCUUGCAUUGGCCCUGGAGAAGAAUCUCCUAGUUACAUCUACAAUAACCAAGUGCACUGAUCCAUAUCCAGCUGCUCAUGGGCUGCUAUGUUCGGAUUGCACACAAAUUACAGAAAAUUCUGGGCCUGCUGAUGUAGAGUCUGUGAGCACACCUGAGCAUACAACAGCAGUACCAAAUGGAACAGAGCAUGUAUCAGGUGAUGGUGACGAAGAGAUGGCUGAUGCAGAAGCUGAGGAAUCAUCUGGUAGCCACGACGUAGAGAUGCAGGAGGACAAGCCUGAUCAGGUUGAUAAUGUUAAUUCUGAUGCUAAUCCUGGUGCUGCAGCUGCUCCUGAAGCAGUUAAUGCCAGUGAAUCCACAUCGCAGCCGCAAAGUUGA